GACACACCCCUCGUGACCUCGUACAAAAAUGGCUAUUGUUGUGAAUUGUGUUUAUUUGUACCUUCAUCCAUACGAUUUAUGUUAGUAUGGAUGCUGAAGGGCUAAAUUUUUGUCUGUUAGUGUUAUUCUGCCUUUUUUUAACUCCUCGCUACUUCCUGUUUCCUGUUUAUAAAACUGUGUCUCAAUUCGCCACUUGUAUGGUUACACUGAACCUUUCUGAGUGUGUUAAGUGCGUUCAUUCUGAGAAGUACAGUUCAUCAAAAUGCAAUUAUCUUACAGUCAAAUAUGUCGUCAGCGCACUGAUGAGUGAUUAUUAUUAAUUAUUAUUAUUAUCAUUAGUUAUAAAAUGUCAUAAAAUUGGUAUGUUAUGCAGGCCAGUUGCCAACAGUUUAUGUAUUCAGGAUGUUGAUAGGAAUCAUGUGACACUGUAUGAUGGAGGUUCUUAUUUACAUUUGCACUUUUAUGGUUGUGUUUCAUGAUGUUCCAUUUUGCAUUUAUUUACAUUGAUGAAGUUUAUGUUGUCACAAAGGCAGCGCAUCCGUGUGUUUAGACCUCAAGGCAGACAGAAAUAAAGUGAAAAUGUUUCAUGAACAAAAGGAGCAGGUCUUAUGUAAAUAAGGCAGGUAGCAAAAAAGAUUAACAAAAAGUGUCCACAAAAAAAUAAAAAAAUGAGCGGCAUAGAAAACGGAUGGAAUUGUGGGUUGAUAUGAGUUAAUUUAGUCUUGACUGUUAGCCGGGUGACGACAGGAGAUGCUAAUAAUGCUGUUCAUUUGUGUCAACAAAACAUGAAAAAGACAAAGUCAAAGCCAGCUGGUGCACAAUUUAGAAAGAAGAGGAGAAAGGGGGCAGACUUAAAGCAGGUGCCUCUUGGGAGUCCAGCAAGUCAAGUUCUCUCUUUGUGAUGUCUUCCAUCUUCAUGCAAAGUAAGGGAAAUUUAUUUUGUUACAUUUUGUAUUGUAUAUGGCAUGCUGUGGCUCUGUAAGCUUGCAAGGGUACGUUCGAUUUCUUCAAACGGGAAGCUAAUUAGAAUAUAAGCAAAACAACGUGUGCUUUACAUGUUUGAGACAUUGACUCUCCAGCAUAUCGAGUCAUACCAUAUCGGCAGUUAGAAGUACUGAAAUGAUCAGAUGGAGGAAAUGGGCUGUGCGGAUAAGUGUAACCUCACUAAUCUUAUUUGUUCAGUGUGGUUGACUUUUAAUCUGGUGUGGGAAAAUCCUCAUUGUAGACCUGUGGAGCCACUCAGUCCCACAUUAAAUGAAGUGGUGUGCAAAUGCAUACAUACCAAACGGCUUUUCCAGGUUUUAGCUCGGACAGUCUAGCUCUUGCGCUCCUCAGUCAUGAAUAGGCUGGAGACCAGUGAUGAGACAUCACCUUUGUUAAAGUCAUUUUCCUCGGACGGUGUCAACACUGAGAGACAACGAUCCUCUCUGUGGAGUUUCUCCGGAAGGAUGAUCACUCACAUGUCGCUGUGCAAGUUCUUUUCGUUGAUCCUAGUGGGAGUCGUCGUGUUUGCAGUGAGUGGACUCACCCAAGACCCCCUGAAUGACUGUCUCCAAGACACAGAUUACAGUGAGCUUCUCGAUAUUGCCAACAAUGGUCUUCCUGCCACAAACAUGCCGAAACAUGUCGCAAUUAUUGGCGGGGGCAUCGCCGGUUUAACUGCAGCCAAGGUUUUGGAGGACGCCGGACACAAGGUGACCAUCAUAGAGGCCAGCCACCGCAUCGGAGGACGCGUGGAGACUUUCAGGAAUACGAAAGAAGGCUGGUAUGCGGAGCUGGGCGCCAUGCGGAUCCCCAGCUUUCACUCGAUUCUGAUGUCCUUUGUCUCCAAAUUACAAAUUCCCCUUAACCGUUUUAUCCAAGAAGACUUGAACACAUACAUUUUGGUGAAUGGACUACUGCACAAAACCCGUGAGGUGAAAAAGAACCCCGAUUUGAUGAACUACACAUUGCACGAAAGCGAGAGGAGGAAGGAAGUGGCCCAGCUCUUCACUGAGACUCUGUGGAAGGUAAGGAAUGACCUUCAGGAAAUUAGCUGCAGUGCCAUGCUCGACAAAUAUGAUUCCUACACACUCAUAGAAUACUUAGUAAAAGAGGGCAAUUUGAGCAGAGGCGCCAUACGGAUGCUUGGCGACAUCCUGAAUGAAAGCAGUUUGUUCUACGUGUCCCUUAUUGAGAUUCUGUACAUGCAGAUGGACAUCAGUGACAGCAUCGAGUACUACGAAGUAACAGGUGGCUUUGACAAAGUCACCACGGCGUUCUACAGGACGUUAAAUGCCACCACUCUUCUCAACUCCAAAGUGAAAAUCAUCAACCAAACAGGAGGCAGCAAUGUGACUGUCACAUACCAGGACCAGAAUAAUCUCGGAUCGCUGACCAGCCUGACGGUGGACUACGUACUGGUCACAGCCACAGCCAAGGCUGCCCUCUUCAUUGACUUCCAGCCUUCGCUUUCCAAGAACAAGAUUGAAGCCCUACGGUCGGUUCACUACAUCAGCGCCACCAAAGUCAUACUCAGCUUCAGUGUGCGCUUUUGGGAGAAAGAAGGCAUCACGGGAGGCAAGACCAUCACAGACAUGCCUUCUCGCUUCAUUUAUUACCCCAGUCACAGUUUCCCCGGAACGGACGCCGGUGCCCUGCUGGCGUCUUACGUCUGCUCUGAUGAAGCCAUGCUCUUCCACGGUAUAAGCGACGAUAAGCUGAUGGCGGUCAUGCUGGAGGACUUGGUGAAGAUCCACGGAGACCACAUCAGGCCUCUGUUCACAGGGGGGCUGGUGAAACACUGGGGAUUAGAUCCCUACAGCCUGGGGGCUUUUGCCAUGUUCACACCCUAUCAGGGUCUCUAUGCCAAACAACUCUUUGAGAGUGAGGGACGUGUCCACUUUGCAGGGGAACACACAGCCUCACCUCACGGUUGGAUAGAGACGUCCAUGAAAUCUGCUCUUAGAGCUGCAAAAAAUAUCAAUAACCUCACCAUUUAAUCCCCAAAAUCAUCCAACCGUAUGGAUUAAGUUUGUUAUAUUAUGUAUUUAUUUAUUGAUACGGCACAUUCUGUAGCUUUAGGAUACAAUUAAAAGUGGGAAAUCACGCAACAUUGGGAAAAGCAUUACUGUGCAUGUCAGGUGUCCUGUAACAUACGUAUAACAUACAUGAAAACAUGAAAUCACAUACAUGUGAUGUUCAAGGUAUUGGCCCACAUUGGAUGGCUUUUAACAUAUUUAAUGUACAAAGUCUUCAUGCAUCCUUUAAUUUAGUCUGGACACCCCAUAAUAAGUCAUGCUGUCAAAACUUUCCAACUGCUUUUUGCUAAAUGUUAGGCACUCCAGGCUUGAGAAUACCUUGCAUUAAUUAUUAAACACUCUGACAAGGUUUUUUUUCUCUUCAAAUGUUUACUUUCAUCCACUUUCCUGACAAGUUAUAAACCUGUCAAUCCAUACACAAAUCUGCCGCAUGAAAAUACACACACAACAGUAACGUUGUCUUCACAUCCCCAGCCAACACACACGGCAGGGACGCAACACUCUUAUCCGAAUAAAGUCCAAUAAAAGAUGGUGUGGUCCAUCAUUAAUGAGUGCCUUUCUGCACCAUCUGACUGAAGCGGUUGGU